CUUGAUACCCCUAGCCCUUCGGAAGUUAAGUCGUAUUUCAAGUAUGGCAAUGGUGCCAAGUGGCGAGUUCGAGCACGUGCAGGUCUUAGCCAUCCUUUUGUGCUUCCUGAUUGGUAUGUCUUUGGGCUUGCUUGGGAGUGGUGGGUCAAUCCUCACCGUGCCUAUUCUGGUGUACCUCCUGAAGGUCAAUGCCAAGGAGGCGAUCGCAAUGUCACUGGUCGUUGUGGGGAUCACGAGUGGCUUCGCCAUGAUUCCCCACGUGCAAGCAGGCAACAUCGAGCGGAGGACGGGUGGCUUGUUUGGACUUGCUGGUAUGGCUGGAGCCUUCCUUGGUGGGAUUCUGGCAGGCUACAUUUCGGCGCAUGUGCUGAUGUGCGCAUUUGCCCUGAUGACUCUUGCCACUGCCACUGCCAUGUUGUGCAAACAGCCCCAAUCUAAUUACCAGCCCAUCGCUCAGCACUCGAAUGAGCAAGAGCUAAGAAAGGAGGAGGAUUCAGAAGGCCAUCCACUUUGGAGAAUCCUCUUGGAUGGCUUCGUAGUGGGCAUAGCAACAGGAAUGGUAGGCGCCGGUGGCGGAUUUCUGGUGGUACCCGCUCUUGUGUUCCUGGGCGGCCUGAAGAUGUCCGAGGCCGUUGGAACUUCGCUCAUGGUGAUUUGCAUGAAGUGUUUUGCCGGAUACCUCGGACAUGCCAGCCACACUCACAUUAAUGUACAACUCACUGCCUUGGUCUCAUGCAGUGCAAUUGUUGGAAGCUUUGCUGGCGGCUUCAUGGCUGACUGGCUGCCGCAGAGUGUUCUGCGACGAGCAUUUGCUGUCUUCAUUCUGGCCGUGGGCAGCUGGCAGCUGUGGAAGGAGUCCACGCUGACGUAGAGCGCUUGCAGAUUGGCAAGCCGGGCAGGCGGCCGGGCAGGAGCAAGCGCCAAAUUGCCAGGCAAGCGCCAAGCGCCGUGCCAAGCUCCGCAAGCUCCGCUUGAAGCUUUGACUUCAAAGCGCCCAUGGCCUGGAUUGCUCUUGAUUUGCAUGGGUUAACGGUCGCUCACGCUGUGUGCCCAACAG